UGCGCGCACCGCCGCUGCCGUCCAAAGAGCACGCCCGGUAACGGCCGCGCGUUCUUUUCAAAUCCAGCCAAUGGCAGUGCGCGGAGCCGCGACGCAUUCUGGGGUCGAGCAGGGAUUGGCUGUCGGCCCAGAUGAUGCCGUGGCGAAGGGCCCGACGGGAGAUGUAGUCCUAAGGACGUGCGACAGUUGGGUCGUGCCGGCUCCGUAGAAGGCGCCUCAUGGCAGCCGCCCGGCUCCGGGAUGGGGCCGGGCUGCGCGGCUGCUCGCGGAGACUUUUGUUUGUCAUACCCGCGCGGGACGCCUAGGGGCAGCGGGACUCCCGCUGCACGGCGUAGCGCCUGGGUCCCUUGUCUCCCCUUCUCUCACCACGCUUCCCCAGGCCUGUCAGGACGAUGUCUGUAAGUCCAUGCUCAUCGAUCCUCGCGUGGUUGCGGUGCUGCUGCUCCCACGGACCCGGAGGCUGCGCUGCGCUGCGUGCAGACGGGCUGAUCGCUGCGUCCACGGAGCGCCGGGGCGGAGGCGCUUCGCUUGGCGAACUGCCGGCCUCGUGUCAGGCUCGGCUCUUCCUCAUCGCGGGUACAGCGCUGAUGCAGCUGCGGUUUUAGGUGGAUGGUAUAGCUAGCAAGUGGGUGUGUAAAGCAGCCCUUAACAUGGCUACUACAAAUCUCAGCAGUGAACUUCGACAAGAAAAAAUGAAUAUGCGUUUCCAUGGUUUGGAAUGGAUAUCGGUGGAACGUUGGUUAAACUGGUCUACUUUGAACCUAAGGACAUUACUGCAGAAGAGGAACAAGAGGAGGUGGAAAACCUGAAAAGCAUUAGGAAAUACCUGACCUCCAAUACAGCCUAUGGUAAAACUGGCAUUCGUGAUGUUCACCUAGAACUGAAAAAUUUGACCAUGUGUGGACGCAAAGGAAACCUGCACUUCAUCCGCUUUCCCAGCUGUGCCAUGCACAGGUUCAUACAGAUGGGUAGUGAAAAGAACUUCUCCAGUUUGCAUACUACGCUCUGUGCCACGGGAGGUGGAGCUUACAAAUUUGAGGAGGACUUCAGAACGAUUGCUGAUCUGCAACUCCACAAACUGGAUGAAUUGGACUGUUUGAUCCAGGGCCUACUUUAUGUUGAUUCUGUUGGUUUCAAUGGCCAACCAGAGUGCUAUUAUUUUGAAAAUCCUACAGAUCCUGAACAGUGCCAGAAGAAGCCUUACUGCCUUGAUAAUCCGUAUCCUAUGCUGCUGGUUAACAUGGGCUCGGGCGUCAGCAUCCUAGCUGUGUAUUCUAAGGACAAUUAUAAGAGAGUCACAGGAUCCAGCCUGGGAGGAGGAACAUUCCUGGGCCUCUGCUGCUUGCUGACUGGCUGUGAGACGUUUGAAGAAGCACUAGAAAUGGCUGCGAAAGGAGACAGCACCAAUGUGGAUAAACUGGUGAAGGAUAUUUACGGAGGAGAUUAUGAGCGGUUUGGCCUUCAAGGGUCUGCUGUAGCCUCAAGCUUUGGCCAUAUGAUGAGUAAAGAAAAGAGAGAUUCCAUCAGUAAAGAGGACUUGGCCAGAGCUACUUUGGUUACUAUCACCAACAACAUUGGUUCUAUUGCUCGCAUGUGUGCAUUGAAUGAGAACAUCGACAAAGUGGUAUUUGUUGGAAACUUUCUCAGAAUUAAUAUGAUUUCAAUGAAGGUGCUAGCAUAUGCUAUGGAUUACUGGUCCAAGGGACAGCUGAAAGCUCUGUUUUUGGAACAUGAGGGUUAUUUUGGAGCUGUUGGGGCGCUCUUGGAAUUGCUUAAAAUGACAGAUGAUCAAUGAUGAAGCUGUCUCAAGAGAUAUCUACUGCAGAUGCUGCUGGAUAAGAGUGAAAGCCACUACAAGGAUGGAAAUGAAGCCAUUAUGAUAGUUCUAACUGCUGGAUUUGUAAAUAAUUUAAAAUCCUUUUAGCUGAUCUUUAACUUCUGGGUUUUGAGCUUACACUUCGGAGUUCAUACUGGGAAUACUGAGAUUUUUUUUCUGUACACUGUAUUUUUUAGGGGGAAAAUGUGCAACGUUGCCAAACAUACAGAGUUUAUGGAAUUAUUUUAAAUGUAUACUGUUUAAUGUAGAACCUGUGAUACAAGGCAUCUGCUUUUCUUCUGGGGUUUACUGAUUAUAGUGUGAUAAUUUUAACUUCAUUUAGUAAUCACUCUAGGAGAUUUUUUUCUUAUUUUCAUGACGUUUCAUGAUUUGUUCUUGGUUUCAAAUGAAACUACAAAGCUGAUGCAUUUUACUGUGAAAACUAGUUGUUGAUUUGUUGCCAUUUCUCUUUAUAUGAGUCGCUUUUAUUUAACACCUUUCCCUCAUCCUG